CUUGAUAUAGCUAAACAAAGAAAAAAGUAUUUUCAGGUAAAUCUUUGAUUUUACAUCUUUCUACAACCGUUAUUUUGUGACAGUAUGGCUAUCAAUCUGUUAUCGACGACGCUUGGCCAAUCAGCAGCAUUAAGCGACAAGCCUAAACACAAUUUUUGCGAAGAUGAUGAAUACAUUUUAAACGGGAUUCGUUUCAUGAAUUUUCGUAUGUUGUCAUCGGAUGAGAUUCAACGGCAUUCUGUGGUGAAGGUAGCCAAUACAUUCCUUUACGAUGGGCUAACAAAUAAUCCUUCCAAGUUUGGCCUACUUGAUCGAAGGCUAGGUGUUGGAACCAAAACUGUUAGAUGUGAAACUUGUAAUCGUGAUUAUAAUGCUUGUGUUGGUCAUUUUGGAUGCAUAGAAUUGGCUUAUCCUGUUUACCAUGUUGGCUUCUUCAACUACACUGUCCAACUAUUACAAUGCAUCUGCAAGCGUUGUGCCCGGGUAUUGUUGCCUAAUGAAUCUCGGCCAAAGUAUCUGCUUAGUAUCAGCGAAGACAUGAAUCCUUUGGCUAAAAAAGCCUUACACAAAAAGAUCGUUGCUCAUUGUAAAAAAAUCAAAAUUUGUCCACAUUGUCAUUUUGAGAACGGACAGAUCAAAAAAUUCCCUUUCAUGAAAAUAUUCCACCUUAUAAAAGCCAAAGAAACGGAAUUAUUGAGUUCAUUAUUCUAUGGUGAAGAGAUGAGUAGUAAGACUGAUCGCAAUAAUAAGAUUUCCGUUGAUGAAGUAGAAAAUUAUUUGGGAAAUUCUUUUGAAUUUCUUACCCCACAUAAUGUGCUUAAACUAUUUGAAAAAAUUCCCAAGUCAGAUUAUCUCUUUUUGUUACUUUUGGACAAUUCGCCUAUGGAUCUAAUAUGUACACAUCUACCGGUACCGCCAUGCAUUAUUAGGCCAUCAGCUCAUAAUAACACCGGAUUGAGAUCGGUCGAAGAUGAAUUAACCAUGAAAUUGAAUGAAAUAUUAAUUGCAAAUGAAGCGCUUAAAAAGCGAAUUCAAGAUGGUACCGUCUUUAUCAAAAUGAUUGACGCUUGGGAUUUUCUUCAAGUACUAGUCUCUGUUUAUAUUAAUUCGGAUGUUCGUAAUUUACCUCCUCAACACAAUUCGGUAGCUUCCGGACAAGGUAUCGCACAACGUCUCAAAGGCAAAGAAGGCCGAUUUCGUGCAAAUCUAAGCGGCAAACGUGUCAACUAUUCAGCUCGUACUGUUAUAUCCCCAGAUCCAAAUUUAGCCAUCGAUGAGGUGGGCAUACCCUUGAAGAUAGCCACUCAUAUGACUUUCCCUGUAGUGGUCACUCCAUUUAACAAGAAAUAUUUGCAGCACCUAGUUUUGAAUGGUCCUAACCAACAUCCUGGUGCAAUCUUCAUAUUGAAUGAACAUCGAAAAGUACAUCUAAAUUAUGUAGAUCGGAAGCAUUUUGCAAGUAAGCUCCAAUAUGGUGAUAUCGUUCUCCGACACAUGAUAAACGGUGAUUAUGUUUUGUUCAAUCGACAACCAUCACUCCAUCGUCUAUCAAUCAUGUGUCAUCGUGUUCGUAUACAUCCAGAUCAAACAUUCAAAUUUAACGAAUGUGUUUGUUCGCCUUAUAACGCCGAUUUCGAUGGCGACGAGAUGAAUGUUCAUUUUAUGCAGACGGAAGAAGCAAAGGCUGAGGCUGCCACCUUAAUGCAAUCCAAGUUUAACCUUAUUUCACCUAGAAAUGGUGAACCAGUCAUUUCACCAAUUCAGGAUUUUAUCACAUCUAUCUAUUUGAUGACUAAACGUGAUACAUUUUACAGUCGGCCCGAAUUCUACCAAUUGCUUGGCAUGCUUUUGGGUCAUAAUGAUUGCCGUAGGAAAAUUUGUUUACCCAAACCGGCCAUUAUCAAACCGGUACCAUUGUGGACUGGUAAACAAAUAGUUAGCAUGAUUCUUAAGCCAUUCGAAGACUGUGAUUGUCGUUUAAAUCUUAGAUUCAAGGCUAAAGCAUAUAGCUCUGAUGAGGAAUUUUGCAUCAACGAAGGAUAUAUAUGGAUUCGCAAUUCUGAGCUUAUUUGCGGAACAUUGGAUAAAUCGGUGAUUGGUGGCGGUUCAAAAAAGAACAUUUUCUAUCUUAUUCUCAAGGAAUACAAACCAAGUGAUUCAAUCGACACUAUGCUCAGGCUGUGUCGUGUAUCCAGCUUUUACAUAACAAAUCAUGGAUUCUCGAUCGGCAUCGAUGAUGUGACACCAACACGUGCUUUGAUUGAACAGAAAGAGAUGCUCGUUUCAAAAGGCUACACCAAUGUCAAAACCUACAUUGAUCGAUUCAAUCGUGGCAUAUUAAAUCCGAUUACCGGUUUGACUCAUGAACAGACACUUGAAUCAUUGAUUCUCAAAGAACUGUCCGAAAUUCGUGAUCAUGCUGGCAAAGCUUGCAUCAAACAAUUAAGUCAUCGAAAUUCUCCUCUGGUCAUGGCAAAUUGUGGCUCGAAAGGUUCAUACAUAAACAUCUCGCAGAUGGCCGUUUGCGUUGGCCAACAAUCGAUUCGUAACCAACGAGUACCCGAAGGUUUCAACAAGCGUGUUCUUCCUCAUUUCAAUUUCUCCGAUCGUUCACCAGAAGCACGCGGAUUUGUUGCCAAUUCGUUUUAUUCGGGACUAAAUCCUUUCGAGUUCUUUUUUCAUGCGAUGGCUGGCCGUGAAGGAUUGCUUGAUACGGCGGUUAAAACGGCCGAAACUGGUUACAUGCAACGGCGGUUAAUUAAAGGCCUUGAAGAUUUAGUUGUACAUUAUGACUACUCUGUACGUAAUAGUGAUGGCGAAAUCAUUCAAUUUGAUUAUGGAGAUGAUUGUCUCGAUCCGAUCAAUAUCGAAUCUGAUGAUAUGUUUGCUGAUUUUGGAUAUUAUUGGAAUCACAUACUCAGCAUCAAUUCAUAUCCACAAGAACCAACACUAAAUUGUAAUCAGAUUCGCUGCUCUGUGCGUGAAAUUUUAAAACGUAAAGAAUUUAAGGAUUCCAUACUUUCAUUUUAUGAGGAAAAAAUCCAGACAUUUUUCAAUGAUCAAGUUAUUAAACAAUUGGAGAGGCUGGAAAUUAAAGAACACUUAUCUAAUAUUCAAAACGAGGGACACAUUCGAAUUUGCUCUGGUCAUGUGGAAUCAUUCUUGCAACGAAUUCGUCAUAAAUUGAUGGAAUCAAAAAUCGAUCCAGGCACAGCGAUUGGUGCCAUAUGUGCUCAAUCGAUUGGGGAACCGACAACGCAGAUGACAUUAAAAACGUUCCACUUUGCGGGCGUUGCCUCUAUGAACAUCACUCAAGGUGUGCCUCGUAUCACUGAGAUUAUAAAUGCGACAAAAAAUCCAUCGACGCCGUUCAUAAAAGCUCAUCUAAUUGAUCCAACAUCGGUUGAGUUGGCUGAAACUGUCAAAUUAAAAGUAGAAAAUGUCUACUUGGAUCAAAUUUGUGAGAAAAUCUAUCAGACCUUUAUUGAUGGGAUAUUAUGCUAUAUACUUAAACUAAAUCAAUUGGUCUACAAACAGUUACAUUUAAAUGAGAGCAUGGUUGAAGAGGCGAUCAACGCACAACUCAAGCCGGAUAUUUGCAAGAUUAUCUUUCCUUAUGUAAAAAUCUUUCCUAACGUUCGUCGUAUGAUCUAUCUUCCUCGAAUGUUCGAAGAUGAUCUGGCUAAAGUGUUUAUAUCUGGAAAUCGACACGUACAACGUGCUACCAUUCACGAAGACGGUGGCAAAUAUUACAUAAUGAUCGAAGGAAAUGGGUUUCUUCAUGUUCUCGGGACUGAUGGUGUCGAUUCUCGGCUUACCAAUUCGAAUAACAUCCACGAGGUUGCUGCUGUGUUGGGCAUUGAAGCUGCUCGUGCUACAAUAAUUAGUGAAAUUAAAACGACAAUGAAAGGACAUGGUAUUACGAUCGAUGAACGGCAUCUGAUGCUAUUGGCCGACACAAUGACUGCUUCUGGCCAUGUUGUUGGUAUGACACGAUCUGGCUUCUCAAAGGUGAAAAGUUCCACAAUCAAAAUGGCAUCGUUUGAAAGAACUAUUGAUAACCUUUAUGAAGCAUCUUACUAUAAUAAUCGAGAUUAUCUUCUUGGUGCAUCCGAAUGCAUUAUUGUCGGUGCACCUACCAAAAUGGGAACGGGAUUUUUUGACAUUGUACCUGAUUUGCGAUCAUCUUCAUUGUCAUCAACCAUCUCUAAAAGUAUUGAUUACAAACAUCGAAAAUCUAGAGUGGAUUUAUUUGAUGGCAUAGAGCUUUAAAAUAGAACCCCACAUACUAUGUGAUAAGUCAAUCCAAAACAUUUUUUUGUAUAUACUGGUAUUAUUCGAGUAAUUUUUUGCAUUUCAUUUUUAAUUAAUUUUCUCAUU